AGCAUUAUAUAUCCACAAAAAGUGUAGUUCUCUGGUACAAGCUGUGGUAAUUUAAAUUAGGUUUCUUCGGUGAAGAGGGAUAUAUAUAUCAAGCUGUUAAAAAGAAAGUGAGAGAAGUGGAUAUACCACAUUUUCACGCAUUUUAGUUAACAACUAUUAUAGAAAGGUUUAAACUUAGACCAAUUAUUCAACUAAUUUGUAGAACGUCAUGAUGCAUUCAGAGUGUGAGGAAGGAUGUAUUGAAACAGAGAUUGAAGCCUUGAAAUCAAUCUAUGUUCAUGAAUUGGAAGUUGAAUAUGCUGAGAGUGAUCAGCCAACAACUGUAGCUGUUCAUCUCCAUCCUGCUACAGGAGAAAAUAUUGAAAAACAGUUUGUAAGACUUACACUAGUAUUGAAGCUUUCAUCAAGAUAUCCUGAAGAAAUCCCGGCAAUAAACAUCAGAAAUCCCAGGGGUUUAUCUGAUGAUAAAUUAGAAUUACUUUUUCAGAACUUGACACUAAAAGCAGAAGAAUCCAAAGGCCAUCAAAGCCUUUAUGAACUGAUUGAGGUGGCUAAAGAACAUCUUACGGUACAAAAUACACCAAGCUGCCCAUGUGCCAUCUGUCUGUAUCACUUUACAGAGGAGGAUGUGUUCACCAAGACGGAAUGCUACCACUAUUUUCAUUGCUACUGUUUAUCCCGCUACAUUCAUCACUGCCUUGCAGAAAAAAAGGAAGAAGAAGAAGCUUCCACAAGGAGAGCUGGUGUGGAGAAUAAAAAGAUAGAGAUUGUAUGUCCAGUUUGUCGGACAGUUAUUGACUACAAAAGCUUCUCGAGGAAAACUUAUCCCGUUCCUAAGGAAUCUGAACAAGAACAGGACUUCAAAGUCACUUCAGAUCUUCGUAAGCAGCAAGAAUGGAUGGCUUUUUUAUUUGAAAAACAAAGAGCAAAAGGAAGCAUAAUUGAUGUAGAAAUGGAGAAAAACAAGUUGCUUUUAGAGAUAUCGACAACUAGCAGGGAAACUAUGAACAACAAUACUACCUCAGAUAGUAAGUCAUUAGAAAUUCAUGAACCAAGUGUUUCAGCUGCCAGAGAUAUUGUGGAUGAAGAAGAAACCUUACACACAAGUAAAGAUAAAAAGAAUGUCAGGAAACCAGCCAAUCCUAAAUCUAGAAAACUCGAGAAUUUCACAGAUUCACAAAAAUCAGCUGAUUCAACAUAUUGUUCUGAAAGGAAAGCUCAGCUUAGUGCGGAUGGAAAUAACGUGUGUGGUUCUAAAACAAAAAAAGUAUUACCAGCUGUAAGUAUUGUUGAUCGGAAAGAUGGUUGCCCAGAUGUGACAGUUGAGAAAUGUGGAGUAGUUGAACGGGUAUGUGGAGAGCAUUAUGGCAGGAAAAAAACUUAUGAAAAAUUUAAAAGGAGUGGAGCUCGAGAACCUAGAAAUUGGUAUUCUGAAGAAAAAGAUGUAAGAGCUCCACGUAAAGAUGAAGGAUACUGCAGUCCAGUGAUGCAAGUGAAGUCUUAUAGGAACAGGAAUCGUAAUAUACCGUGCAAGGGUUAUCCUUCUAAUGACUGCAGUGCAAAAGCCGAUGGUGAGCAGCACAAUAAUGAUCGAAAGCCUUUUCAGAACAAAAAAAGUGUGGAAGAUUGUCACCCAACAAGUAACACAGUUGAAGUCAACAUAUCUCAAAAUAAUGCAAAAUUUGAAGAUACCUCUCAGAACAGAAAAAAAUAUAAUAAUAAAUUUUUUAACUGCAGGGUGAGAAAUUUUGAACCACAUAGGGCUAGAUUUGGGCAUGAAUUCCAUUUUAACAGGCAUAAGAACAGGUACCCACCUCAUGUUUAUGGAUCUAGAAGUAUUCCUGAGGAGAAACCCAACAGAAAACAAUUUCAGAGUCAUCAAGACAUUAGUUUAGGUUCUGAUAAAUCUAUGAACCUGACAGAAAAAGACGCAAAAAAUGAUAAACGGAUCGAGUCCAAUGACCCAAGCUACUACGACCGGAUCAACUCGCGAACUCCACCCUUAUCAAAGACUGUAGUUCAACCAUAUACUAGAGGGUUUAGACUUCCACCAGGAUUUAGUAGGCCCCCACCAGGAUUUGAAAGAAGAUGACAAAAGAUAUUUAUUCUAGACCCUGUUACUUGGGUAAAAGGCUGGUUAAGACAAUUCUCUCGUUUUUUUUAAAAAUAAAUUAUAAUUUAUUUACUUUUGGACUGAUAUGUACAUUAAAGCUAUUGUAUUUGUAUGAAAUAUUUACUUGCUAAUAUUAUCUACAACAAUUUAUUAUGAUGUUGAUCUUUAAGAAGAGAACAUUGCAGUUGAUCUCUGUAAAAUCAGUUCUUUGUAUUAGAAACUCUUUAGUGAUGAGAUGGAAAACUGGUAAGUAAUAUAAUGUUGGAUCUUAGAUUAAUAAAUAGCAUUGAUGACUAGAAUUUUGUUGUACAAAAAUAAUGAACUAAUAUUUUUUUUUUUAAUUCAAAAUCACCUGUAAUCCAUACUCAAAUAAAAUACAGUAUUGAGACAAAAAAAAAAGAUGAUAAUUUACUUGAUUUACGUUAAAAGGGGUGAAGUGCUGGGAAAAUUGUCUUUAUCCAUUUAAUAAUUUUAUUCUCUAAAGGUCAUUUCAUUACUUUGAAAUUUAUUCCCGUUUAAUUCUCUCUUGUCUCCAUAAAAUCUUUCUCAAUUCAAAACUGUACUGAAAUUACAUAAUUUUUUUUUUUCUGGCAUCUGAUUGAUUGUUGUGGUAAUUCUUAUCGUUGAAAUUUGCAACUUUUUUAUUCUUUCUUGGACUCGUGCUGACCAUUAAUAUUAAUUUUUAACAUCUUGUAAUGUUGCUCAAGCAAUCAAAACAUGAUACAGGACGCAUGAGUGCAAAUAAUAAAGUUAUUUAAAAAACAUUUUUGGCAAUCAGUAAGACGGAUUUUAAUUAUCAAUUAAAUCGUUCGUUUAGUAAAAUGUAGUGUCAUAAAACAUGCUGUCUCUAAACAAAGUAAAUAUUUCACCUUUAAGAAGAUAGUUUAAAAUUAAAGCACAGAAAAUCCAUAACAAAAAAAAUAAAGGAUUGAUGUACUUGGUAUCACUUGUAAUUCAUUAUGUGAGAUAACAGGUGAGAAAGCCAAAAUUUGAACUUUUUAAUUUCUCCUUUUUUUUUCUUCUCUCGUAUGAGUGUUAUCAUGUGAAGAAACGAUAAAGAUGAUCACCAAAUUUAAUGAAAAUAGUGGAAAAUGCUUUUAAAGUUUAUUUGCCUAUGUAAAAAACCAGAACUUUAGGGAAAUGGUAGGUUUGUAGUUUUACUAUUUUAUUGUAAUAGCAUGAAUAGAGUAAAACGUAAAAUUAACAUGUCACUUGUUGCUUUUAUCUUAACUUUCUGGAGACAAACCCCAACCUGACGGAGUUGAUGAGAAUUGGUAUUACUGUAGUUGAUCAACACAAACAUCAUAAAAUGUGAGUUUUUAAAAUUGAGUGCUAAUGAGUGGAUGAAUUAUUUCUUUAUGUGUAGCUUUAUAUUGAAAGACGGGUGCAAGUUUUUCAAUACUCUUCAUUUGAAGCAUAAUAAUAGUUGAAAUAACGAUAAUUUUAGAUGUAUUUCUGCAUGGUCCCCGAAGGUGUUGU